AUGAUGCUCCACGCCAUUCCUCAUAUGGCCUUUGCUGCGGCUGCAAUCACUUUACGGAUUAUAAUAGGGGAGUCAUUGAGAAAUUCCGUGGUUGCAGACCGCGUCAAGCUUGUCGUCCCAUGGGCAGGAACCUACCCAGCAGUUAUUCGCUACCUCCCUUGGCCAGCUCCUGAGGUUUUGAGUUCUUGA